AUGACCAGCGAUACGUUGAUCAUGGAUACCGAUGGAGACCUAGUUCUCUUAUUCGACCCAGAAGAGUGUUCAUCGUCUCAAGCGGAUGAUACCUGGAUUGACGCCGAUUCAUCAGAAGACGAUUCACGGAUCAUAGAUGCCGAGUCAUCAAAUGAAGAGUUCAAGAGUUUAACUAUUUUAACAAACAUAUCACAGAUCAACCCACCAGCCGACGAACCUUCCGAUUUCAAAGAUAGUUCGUGGGUCGAGCUGAAGCAAGUCCGCGUGUUAGUCUCUUCUAAACAUAUGUCUGUUGCUUCGCCAGUGUUCAAAACUAUGCUCCAGGCAGACUCUCCAGAGGGUAUCGAGCUGAAGAAAACCGGAAAGGUGGAGUUUUCGCUUCAUGAUGAGGAUUCAAAGGCAUGGAACAUUUUACUCAACAUCAUACAUGGACGAUUCAGAUCUGUCCCUUUGGAUAUCAAUUUGCCCAUGUUCACGCAAAUUGCAGUCUUAUGCGACAAGUACAAAAUGCAUGAGGUUGCUUAUGCAUUCACGCCAGCCUGGAAAAUGUCGGCUGGCCACGACUGCGUGUCGGGAGAGGACAUACCUCGCUGGAUCUUCAUAGCUUGGACUUUCAAUAUGACAGAUGUACUUGAAGAGAUCACGAAAGGCCUUGCUCUCAAUUAUACUGGGAAUGGAAUCCAAAAAUUGUUCAGCAUGAUUAGUCUACCGAUUCCCCAGAUUGUUAUGGAUGAGCUUGAAAAUUCUCGGCAGCAUGCAAUUGCUGAAUUGGUUGAUAUGUUUGAUUACACCAUACAGCGAUAUCAGGAAAGCAGUUCGAAAUGUUCAAUUCGCACCAGAUGCGGUGAAGAUAGAGUGUCUUACCGCAAGCAAUGUGAUGCAAUGAUACUAGGCAUGCUAUUGAAAGGUGCCAUUGAGCAACAGAUCUACCCACCUCCGACAAAACCAUACAAAGAAUGGUCUUUUUCUAUCUUGGAAAAGAAGAUCAAGUGUAUCAAACCAACUUCAUUGUGCGCUGCUAUGUCAUUGAUACCAGAUGUCCAUUGCGAUCAAGACCAUGGAAUCUCUGAGAUUAUGACAUCAUGGGUUAGACAUACUGCAGACGAAGUCACUGGGCUUCAAUUGACAUCUUUGAAGAAGGACGCAUCACCGGAGAUUCAGUGGCCAAUUCGACAAGAGUGA